AUGACGAACGCGACGAUACAGGAAAUUGAGGGUAUUGAUGACUAUUGGGGCCCGGCAUUCCGGUCGAUAUACGAAGGGGAAGGCCAUGAAGCCUUUGUGCAGCAGUUGGACGAGCGCAUUAAACAGCAUGAUAAAGAAAUUGAGAAAUUGUGCAACUUUCACUAUCAGGGUUUCAUAGACUCCAUUCGUGAAUUGCUUCAAGUUCGGUCACAUGCUGAGGAGUUGCAUGCAGAUAUUUCCAAUGUCGAAGCAAAUGUUAAAGAGACUACUGAAAAUUUAUAUGUGAAAGCUGAAGAACUGCUCCGAGCGCGUAGGGUGGAGCUUAACAUUGCUGCAACUAUUGAGAAAAUGGAAUUGUGUCUCCCUCUGCUCACAACAUACUCUAAGCUUAAGUCACAAGUAGAAGCUAAAAGAUAUUACCCUGCUCUAAAAACUUUAGAGCAAUUGGAACAUGUGUUACUUCCAAGGGUGGGGCCAUACAAAUGGUGCGGUCAAAUUUCCGCUGACAUUCCUCGGUUGCGACAAGCGAUACAAGACGCUUCAAUGGCGGAUCUCAGGGAUUUUCUUGAGAAUAUACGAAAACUUAGUCCACAGGUGGGUGCAAUGGCUUUGAAACAAACACAAGAAAUGUUAGGAAGGAACCUCGCCAGUAUCGUUAAAAACAAAAAAGAUAUGGCAGCCCUUGGUGUUUCAGUAAAAGAAAACACAGGUCCACAGUGUCCCCAUGAACUGGUAGACUUCAGUCCACUGCACAGAUGUCUUCAUAUCCACAGCGUGUUGGGCGCUAAAAACGAUUUUAUACAGUAUUACAGAGCACAACGCAAACAGCAAGCACGCCUUGUUUUAAUCCCAGAAUCAGCCAACCUCCACGACUCCAUCCCAGGUAUCAGGAACUACUUAAAUGCGGUGCUGGGCUUCUUCAUACUAGAAGAACACUUGCUAAGCGCCGGCGCAGGUCUCGUGUCGAAAGAUUGGCUGCUGGACAUGUGGAGCAUGUCUGUCACCAAAGUGGCUUCGACGCUCAGAACUAAUACGUCUCUCAUCACCGACCCUACUUUGAUGUUGAGCAUUAAACACCAAAUAACAGCGGGCAGCAUGUUCCAAGCCGCCCGCGAUGACGCUGAACAGCAGAUCUGCGACAAUCUCGAGAAGAAGGUCGAUGAGUUCUUGGAUUUGGAAAAUUACGACUGGUUACUAGUGGAGCCGACGGGUCAGGCAUCGGCGUUCGUGACGGACAUGCUCAGCUACCUGUCGGGUGUGCUCACCUCCUUGGAGCAGCUACCUGAACGAGCUCGCGUGGCAGCGGUCCGCGCGGCCACCAACCGCAUCGCCCGGCGCCUGCGCGCGCUGCUGCUGGACCCGGCCGUCAAGCAGGUGUCGUCCGGCGCGCUCGACCAGCUCAACCUCGACGUCAUACAGUGCGAGCAGUUCGCGGCCGGCGAGCCUGUGCCGGGGCUCAAGGAAGGAGAGUUGCUCGAACAUUUCGCUAGUCUCAGACAACUUUUGGACCUCAUCACGGGUUGGGACUGGUCAUCCUACCUUCACGACGUAGGUAUCGACGGCGGGAAAUACGCUCUGGUCACGCCACGGGACGCGGCCACGCUGCUCGAGAAACUGAAGGAGGCAGAGCAGAAGUCCUCGGUCUUCUCCGUAUUGAAAAAGAACGAGAGAGACAGAAGGAAGCUUCUAGAUACUGUCUUGAAGCAACUGAAGCAGUUGCAGAACCAAGAUGGAUCGUGA